UUAAAGGCAGACGAUGAGCACUACAUCCCACGAGCUGUGCUGCUGGACCUGGAGCCUCGAGUUAUCCACUCCAUCCUGAACUCCCCUUACGCCAACCUCUACAACCCAGAAAACAUCUACCUUUCUGAGCACGGAGGGGGAGCUGGGAACAACUGGGCCAGUGGCUUCUCACAGGGAGAAAAAAUCCAUGAAGAUAUUUUUGAUAUAAUAGACAGAGAGGCUGAUGGGAGCGACAGUUUGGAAGGGUUUGUGCUUUGCCACUCCAUUGCUGGUGGAACGGGCUCCGGGCUGGGCUCUUACCUCCUGGAGAGACUGAAUGACAGGUAUCCCAAGAAGCUGGUGGAGACCUAUUCGGUCUUCCCAAACCAGGAUGAGAUGAGCGAUGUUGUAGUCCAGCCGUACAACUCUCUGCUGACACUGAAGAGGCUGACUCAGAACGCUGACUGCGUGGUAGUUCUGGACAACACGGCCUUGAAUCGGAUCGCAACAGACCGGCUGCACAUUCAGAACCCAUCGUUCUCUCAGAUAAACCAGCUGGUCUCCACCAUCAUGUCUGCCAGCACCACCACGCUCAGGUAUCCCGGGUACAUGAACAACGACCUCAUCGGACUGAUAGCCUCAUUGAUCCCCACCCCCCGGCUGCACUUCCUUAUGACGGGGUACACGCCACUCACCACCGACCAGUCGGUGGCCAGUGUGAGGAAAACCACAGUCCUGGAUGUGAUGAGAAGAUUGCUGCAGCCUAAAAACGUGAUGGUGUCCACAGGGCGAGACAGGCAGACCAACCACUGCUACAUCGCCAUCCUCAACAUCAUCCAGGGGGAGGUGGAUCCCACACAGGUUCACAAGAGUCUGCAGCGGAUCCGGGAGAGGAAGCUGGCCAACUUCAUCCCCUGGGGUCCUGCCAGCAUCCAGGUGGCUUUGUCCCGCAAGUCCCCCUACCUGCCGUCUGCACACCGCGUCAGUGGCCUAAUGAUGGCAAACCACACCAACAUCUCCUCGCUGUUUGAGCGGACGUGCCGGCAGUACGACAAGCUCCGCAAGCGAGAGGCCUUCCUGGAGCAGUUCCGCAAGGAGGACAUCUUCAAGGACAACUUUGACGAGCUGGACAACUCCCGGGAGAUCGUGCAGCAGCUGAUUGAUGAGUACCAUGCGGCCACGCGCCCCGACUACAUCUCCUGGGGCACACAAGAGCAGUGAGCGCCCUGGCAGGGGGUGGGAGGGUCCCACGGCCACCUCCAUGCACGCCGGCAGGACUUGUCUCGGCCAUGCCCACAUUUAGCACCCCUCAGCGCU